AAUAUGGGCUGUUACCGAGGGAAGAAAGCUCCAACCUCACGCGGCUGUUGGUUUAUUUGUCUCAACAAUCGUCAUGUCCUACGACAAAAAAAAAAGACAAAAAAAAAGUCAUCAUGCUCCUCUCUUCGGGUGUCAGGUUAAACUCACCUGCCCUGCAGUGUAAGCACAGUGUGUGAGCGUCUCCUCUGAGGAUUAUUUCACCCUCCGGGGUCGGCAGGUGUGAUAACAAUAUGAGAGCAGUGUGGCUCAAGCGACCAGUCAUCUCACUGGGGGGAAUUGGGCUCGUCAUUUACAUUGGCAUGUUUCUAAAGAGUGGAUAUGAGCAUGCAGCAGGGACUGACAAGGAGACGGACACACCGGGCAUGGUCAGGAGUUUUUCUGACCUGGAGAAAAACAUCAACAAUCUCUACAAAGUACUCAGGGCUAUGGAGAAAAAGCAGGAUACCAUGCAGAAACUCCUGGAAGAAGACAGAGACUCUCAAAGAAAGUCUUCAGAGUUUCAACAGCCACAGCAGAAAAAUGAAAGUGAAUCCAAGGUCCAGGAAGAAGGCCCAAAAGAGAAAAAGUCUAAAAAACUGUACCCUAAGUCUAGCCUGUUCAAGAACUGGGGGGAGAAUCUGUCUGAGGAUGACCAAAGAGAGGCACAGGGUUUGUUUGAGAAGUACGGCUACAAUGUUUUCCUCAGCGAUCGCCUCCCUUUAGAUCGAACUCUUCCCGAUACCAGGGAUUCAAGGUGUGUGAAAAAGACUUAUCCAAAGGAUCUGCCAAGCAUUGGAGUCGUGCUGAUCUACCUGAACGAGGCUCUAUCUGUCCUGAAGAGAGCCCUGCGCAGCAUCAUCGACCGCACCCCUAAAGACCUGUUGAAGGAGAUUAUAAUGGUGGAUGACAACAGCUCCAACGAGGAUCUAAAAGGGGAUCUUGAUGUAUAUUUGAAGUCCUUGGAGCAGCAGAACCCGGGUCUCCAAAUUAAAAGAGUGCGGCAUACCGAGCAGCAUGGCCUUGCUCACGCUAGGGCCUCGGGGUGGAGGUCCGCCUCCGCAGACGUGGUGGCCAUCCUGGACGCACACAUUGAAGUGCAUGAGAUGUGGGCUGAACCUCUGCUGACACAGAUCAAGAAGGAUCGAACAGUGGUGGUGUCCCCUGUGUUUGACCGAGUUAACUUUGAUGACCUCAAGGUCAUUCAUUACUUUCCAUCGGCACACGCCUUCGACUGGGCUUUAUGGUGCAUGUAUGAGGGUUUCUCUCCUGACUAUUACAAACUCAAUGACAGCUCAUUACCUGGAAAGAGUCCAUCCGUCAUGGGCAUUUUUGUUGCUGAUCGGAAGUUCCUUGGAGAGAUCGGAGUUCUUGAUGAAGGGAUGAAAGUUUACGGUGGAGAAAACGUUGAGCUAGGAAUCCGUGUGUGGACAUGUGGAGGCAGUGUUGAAGUGGUUCCAUGCUCCAAGAUCGCCCACAUCGAGAGGGCCCACAAGCCCUACAUGCCUGACCUGGCUCCGGCCAUGAAGAGAAACGCGCUGAGGGUAGCUGAAGUCUGGAUGGAUGAGUACAAGCACAACAUUAACUUGGCUUGGAACUUACCAUUUGAGAAUCACGGAAUCGACAUCGGGGACAUCUCAGAGAGGAAAAAACUCAGAGAAAGGUUGAAAUGUAAACCUUUCCAAUGGUACCUGGAAAAUGUGUAUCCCAAGUUGGAUCCCUGGGAUAAUCUGCUUGCCUAUGGAGGAAUGAAGAAUCUGGAUGCUGAAAUGUGCCUCGAUCAAGGCCCGGUGCCAGGUCACACUCCUAUUGCCUUCACUUGCUACUACUAUGGACCUCAGCAAGCUUAUUAUCGCCAAAGUGGUGAGCUCUACAUCGGUGGCAUGAAGUCUCACAAGUACAACGACAACCGGUGUUUAACGGACGUCGGCAACCAAGAAACGGAGCCCGGCCUUUACAACUGUAAAGAGGCUAUGCAGAAAGGAAUGGGGAUUUACUGGGACUUUAAACAGGGCAAAGAAGUGAAGAACAGACAGACAGGGAGAUGUCUGGAGAUGGAAAAGGGAAAACUUCUGAUAAAGGAAUGCUCCGGCCAACGAUGGGAAAUCCAAAACAUUAUAAAAAAAUUGUGAAAGCUGUGCGUCAACAAGAAGUGCACUCCUCAGUAUUUUUAGUGAUCAGUGGAUACAAACACCUGUAGGUAUAAAAAAAAGAAAUAAGGAAGAGUCAGUGCACUUGGAGUUCUUUUGGGACUCCUGCUUUUAUUUAAUCUGCUUUAUUUGGAAGUAAAUAUGUUUUAUUUUGUACAACUUUUAUGAAAUGUUCCAACUCUUCCCUGGAAACAGAAAUGUAGAAACUGACUGCCUUAUAAAAUGGCUGUUUUUUGUCAUUCUGCCACUUAACCAAAAAUAAUAAAAACCACAAGUCUAAAUUAUUCAUCACAUUCCAACCAUAUCAAACUGAAACAGGACCCGUUUAUUGUUUGCGUAUUAAAGGCUUUCUUUCUUAUAUGGGGCGGCAGUAGCUACAUCUGUAAAGACUUUGGCUGGGAAUUAGAGGGUUCAAGUUCUGGUAGGGACCAGGUUUGGAAUUGGGCUUGUAGCUGGAGUGGUGCCAGUUCUCACUCUGGGGCAUGGUUGAUGUGCUCUUGAUCAAGGCAUCAAAUCUUGAACUUCAUGUGGUGCUCCUCCAUGUUUAAGCCCCCUUACUCUGCACCUCUCCUAUAGUGCAUGUUCACAGCAGUGUCCUGUCUGAGUGUGUUUCGGCCUGUCUGUGUAACCUGUUUCAAAACAGUGAAAAUAUUGAAUUUCCCCUUGGGAAAAUAGUUGUGGUGUGACUGUUGCAUACUGGAGAAACAGACAGUCAUCGUUUUUGAAGCAGUGGAAAUGGCUAAGUGUGAGGAUGUGAGCGACUUUGAAAUGGCCAAACUGUGACGGCAAGACAACUGGGUCAGAGCAUCUCCAAAAGUUCAGCUUUCGCGGGGUGUUCCCGGUCUGCAGAGGGCAGGACCAAAAGUGGUCCAAAGAAGACAUGGGCUGCCAUGGAGCAUGGAGGAUAACACUGAUAAUGCAUCGCAGGACCUUCUCGUUCUCAAAGGUCACAGUCGCUCUGCUGACAGGAGGUUUGAGCGAGGCAGCUUUUCAGUCUGGAAUCUGACUGCUAUCGAUAUCACUAAACAUUUCCAUUCCUACACACUGUGCCUUUAACCUUACAUUGUUUAAAUCUAGAGUCAGUUCACUGGACAUAACCAGUUCCUUUUUUCUAUGUUUUGUUAUAUUAAGUUGACCUCUUCUAGGUUUGUUAAUGUGGUAUUCUUGUUUGAGUUGAAUACAUUCCCACCCUUUCUUUAAAAAUAAAAAACACUCCUGUUGUC